AUGAAAGUCAAGGUUCUUUCUCGGUCUACUUUAGAGUAUACACGUAAAACUCCUCAAGAUAUUUAUAAAAUUAAACGUAAUUAUGACCCUACAUUACACCCAUUGGAAAAGGCUCGUGAGUACACUAGAGCACUUAAUGCCGUAAAAUUAGAACGAAUGUUUGCGAAGCCCUUUAUCGGUGACUUGUCUGGUCAUUCUGAUGGCGUUUACUGUAUGGCCAAACAUCCUAAAAAAUUAACAACUGUUAUAUCGGGAAGCGGUGAUGGAGAAUUGAGGAUAUGGGAUCUGUCCGAUCGAGAAACAAAAUGGAAGGUUGUUGGACAUAAAAGUAUUGUCAAAGGUGUUUGUUGUAGCCUAACAAAAGAUAAUUUAUACUUUUCAUGUGGGACGGAUAAAACUGUGAAGAUUUGGAAUCCUGAUCAAUCGGGCGAACCAUUAAAUACUUAUGUCGGAAAAUUUGCUUUCAGCGCAAUAGAUCAUCAUCGUAGUGACCCGAUUUUUAUCACUUCCGGAUCACAAGUUGACAUAUGGGAUGAAAAUAGGUCAGAUCCUAUCAAAACUUUUAAUUGGGGAGUAGAUACAAUUAAUACUAUCCGAUUCAAUCAAACAGAAACAAACAUUUUUGGUACUUGUGGUACAGACAGAACCAUAAUUCUUUAUGAUCUCAGAAUGAAUUCUCCCUUGACAAAAUCGGUUUUGCAGAUGAGAACAAAUGCUAUAGCGUGGAAUCCAAUGGAAGCAUUCAAUUUUACAGCGGCAAAUGAAGAUCAUAACUGCUAUACUUUUGACAUGCGUAAGAUGGAUUGUGCAUUAAAUGUUCUCAAAGAUCAUGUAUCUGCAGUAUUAGAUCUAGAUUAUUCUCCAACAGGUGAAGAAAUAGUCACUGGCGCUUAUGAUCGAACAUUGAGGAUUUAUUCAGCGCGUCAAGGACACAGUCGAGAUAUAUACCAUACCAAACGAAUGCAACGCAUUUUUUGCGUUAAAUACAGCAUGGAUUCAAAAUAUGUUCUUUCUGGUUCUGAUGAUGGUAGUAUUCGACUAUGGAAGGCUAAAGCAUCCGAAAAACUUGGACCGAAGGACUAUAGAGAACGUGCUCACAUUGAAUAUCAAGAGAAGCUUAUAGAUCGAUAUAAAUACCUUCCGGAGAUUAAAAGAAUUUCAAGACAUCGUAAUGUUCCAAAGGUAAUUAAGAACGCACAAAAUACAAAACGUAUUAUGUUGCAGGCUCAGCGGCGAAAAGAAGAAAAUUUACGAAAACAUUCCAAAAAAGGAUCAAUUCCGUACCAAGUAGAGAGGAAAAAACCAAUUGUUGGUAUUGCCAAAUAA